UCCUCGAAACUUGCAAAAAUCUGUUCCGGAUAUUGGAAUUACAAAUGCUGCUAAAAAAUCCCUACUUUUGAAAAUGCCAGCAAACCAACACUGCUCUGAAGACCAAGCUGAGAUGGUAAAACCUCCAACUCCAGAGCAUUCUUCACUCCCAACAACCCAAUGGAUGUUUGAUGCACUAAUUGAAGUAAUACAGAGGGUUGAAAAAGCUCCGACUACGCCAGAGGAUUUUACAAAUCUUAGUCUUCCACACCGAAUAUUACAUAUGUUUUGGGAUGGCAGCUACAGCACAUUGAUAUCGCAUCUCAAGAUGGGGUCAUUCAAGGUUUUAGUCAGAGAGGUUUCCAAUUUCUGCCAAACACACGUUAAAUCAGACACUGUUAUACUGUCGCAGGUGAUACGCGGCUUUGGACAGGAACUCGAAAAACACCAUUUACUCAAACAUGAUGAAGUCUAUUCAGAACUGCCUUACAAAUCUUCGUGGUUGAAUCUCAAUGAGCAGCUCGAUGACAUAGACAAAGAGUUUGGCUUCCCGUGGACUUUGACGAGUCAUCUUCCGGAGCCGGACAGUGACAGCCAGACAGAUCAGGUGGAGACGGUCGACAGUAUUCCUGAGCCACUUGGGAGUCAGGUGCCAGACAAAGUUUUAUUACCAACAGAGCUCGAACCGGUUGAUUCAGGUGAAGAGAAACAAGCCUCCAGUGUUGAAGCCCCCUCAACUCCAACUGCCUCCUUUGAUGAGACAGAAAGUGAGACUUCCAGUGACCCGCGGUACUCAUUUAACAUCCAAGUUUUGUCUCCGAAAGCGGCCAAACGUUUCUUUGAGCAAGGACAAACUGAGAUGCCACAAAGCACGGAUACCGAUAGUCAAGCAGAGGAGAUCAUUUGUAGUUCUGUGGAGAGUGAAACAUCUGAGGAUACAGGUGCCACGUUGUCAAUACUGGAGAGUGAGGCUUGCGAGCCAAUUGAACAGAUUUGUUGUCUUGCAAGAGUGGUGGAAUUAUUUUGCGGGGAAAACAAACCUUGGAAAUGCCGGUGCAAGGAACGACAAAAUGAUAAAGAUGGUACCGAUGAGACACUUGACAGGGAAAAGGAGGCAGCGCCUAAAGACGAUAGCCUGUUUGAGACGAGUUCUUUCACAAUAUUUGACAUUCAAGAAGAUGAUCCAGAGGAGGACAAGGAAAACACUGACGGUCAAAUCGGAACUAUUUGUAGCUCUGAGCCUUGCAAUGAGGACGUUCAAAUGAUUGACUUAACUGACGACAAAGGCAAACCGGACUCAACUUGUGACGAAGAAAGUACUCUCGAGAUAAGCACAAGCAGCGAGUCAAGCAUUGUAUUCAUAACUGACGGCGAGGAUGAAGGUCUCCCCAUCCGUGAAAAUGAAACUCCCAUCCAGACGCCAAAAGUUGCCACUGAGCUGUCAGAACCUGAGUACGAAUGUGAGCAAGAACACCCGAAAUCCACAGGAACGAUGCAGUCGAGCGCUUCAGUCUGUGAUGACAAACAAAAUGAAAGCACUGAGCACAACGUUGCCAUCCAGAUGACGGACCGUAAGGAAGGCUGUGCACAGGCUCAGUUAAAAUCUGCAGAUGUGGCAAAGUCUCAAAUGGAAAACAAAGGACAAACUCAAAUCAGUGCCACAGCUGACCUCCAGACAUCUUCCAGCAGCUGCACUGAACAAGAAACAGCUGAGAGAGGACAGAAGAGACGAAGCAGCCAUCAUACAUUUUCUCCCUUUCAAAAGAAGUCAAAGAAAUGCAAACUCUCUGUUGACCUGAGCUCAGAGCAUGCUUUUCAUGGCGCUUCAAAAUGUGAGAAGACUCUGGUCGAUGCAGUGGAAGCACAGCCUUUAAGCUCAAAUGUUAGAACUGUGGAACUGGUACUGUUUGGCUCAGCGCAGCAAGGUAAGUGUGCUGUAAUCGGUAAGAGGAAGAGUCAUGCUUUUCCAGGAGAUGAAACAAAUCGGCCUCCAGAAGUUGUCUCUGUGCAUCUCAGCCCCUUGAAGAGGAAGUCCAGUGAGGCCGUGCAAAGGAAACAGUCACUAAAACAAUGUCUUCAUGAAAAAUGGAGGCAAAGUUUACCACCAGCUGAACUUUGGCACAGAAACAAACUGAAAAGGCAGAAACGUCUGUCUGCCUUUGUUCCUGGGGUGAGCCUCAAGAGGGAGAACUCUGAGAUGAGAGUCUUACAUGCAAACAGCAAGAGGUGCCGGAAUCUGAAGAGGAAGAGGUCCCUGUCUAUUAGACUCAAAACCGGCAAAGUAAAGAAACCCAAUCAGCCCGAUGGUCGUGAGAGAAGUGACACUAAAAAUGGAAGCAGCAAGAUCAUGCCUCUCCAGGAGAACGUGUUGAAGUUCUGUGUAUUACCCAAAACCUUCGACUUCAAAGAUGGAUCCCACAGGAGGAAGGAACCCACCGAUUGUGCUCCAGAUAAGCCAAACCAUGCUAAGGAAAAGCACCAGCACUCCAGUAAAAGCCACUUCAAGGUCAAAGGGUCAUGGUGUCCAAAUCCUGAGGAGAGGUACAAACCUCUGUGUCCGUCUCCUGUUCCCAAGACCGCCAGCGUCUUCUACGAGUUCCAGAAGAAAUAUGUGAAGAAGGUUCAGUCAUCUACAGACAAACAACGUGACUGACUUUGCUGUCUUUUCCCGAAAGUUCUCCAUUUGGGACUUUUUUUUUUUUUUUUAAUCCAGAUUGUUACAGAAAUAUUUUCUUUAUUUUUUUUGUACUUUACAUAAAAUGUCCAGUAAUAUCUGCAGUAGUUUACAUGCAGGUAAAGAGUUCCCAGAAACGUUUUUCAAUGUAAAAUGUAUAUAUUUCAGCGAGCUAUUUAUAUUUUUUUACUUUGAUAUUUGCAUGUAGACAUAUAUUUAUGUACAUUUUAAGUAUUUUCUCACAGUCAGAACUAAGCCUUUUACUACAAAUGUAAAACACUGAUUGUGAAUCACUUGAAGCCAUCAGUUUUUUUUUCUUUUUGACAGGCUUUUAGAAUUUGGCAAAAAACAUCUUGCCACAGUAUCAUUGCAGUAUUAUUUAGACGAUGCAGUACGAAACAGCGUCGUCCUGCCUGCGCCUCAUGCAUGGAGCUGCAUUCAGGCUCGCCCAGGGGAAAAGAAAAACAAGUCACAGGGACACAGCUGAAGACAAUGUUUAGCUUUGUGUUGUUGUUUUUUUUCCUUUUACACCCUGUAGCACUGAGUUAGAAGACGAUGUUGCAUUUAAAGAUUCACACAAAACCUAAAGGGACCAUGAAGAAGUCGUUAUUGUUUACAUUGCAAGUGUCUGUAAUACAGACGUGUAGAUGCUGUACAUUCACCAGUUUCUUGUGUGGUGUUGUUAAUACGAAAGCACAGAAGCAGAUACGAGACUGUGACGGUGUUUUUGGUUUGUCAUUAUGCGUACUGCUAAAAAGUGCAGAAUGUUCCUGUCAUUAUCUGACUACCUAAUAGCUCUGUUUCCUAAAGUGCAAAGUGAGCAUUGAGGAGCCGUCGCACAUUCCUUAGAACACGAUUUGCACUGACACAAAUUUCCUUUGUUAACAUUCGAAUGACGUUUUAAUGUGAAAUACACUGUGGUGCUAAUGCUCAGACGAGACUGUUGUAUGAUUUAGAAUUUGUUUUUCAGCACGGGAAGACCACUUGUAGGCUCUCUCUUUAUUCUCUCCCCUCCUCUGCAGACACGAUGCACAAGCUUAUCUGGCUGGAUUCGCUAAGAGGUUCCACUCUUCUACUAAAACCCUAAAUUAGCUGAAAUAUUGACCUGCUAUCAGCAACGUCUGGCAGGUGAAGGUUGCUCUGACCAAACACUUCAGUUCCUUUCUCUCAACGGUUUUCUGCAAACUGGCGCUCGUGUAACUACUUAUCCACUUUAUGAGGUUCACCUUGCCAGUAGUGGGUUGGACCCAUUUUUUGCCUCCAGAACUGCCUUCUCUCUUUGUGGCAUAGAUUCAGCUACAUACUAGAAACAUUCAGUACAGAUUUUGGUCCAUAUUGACAUGAUGACAUUGCGCAGAUUUGUCGGCUACACAUUUCAGAUGUGAAUCUCUGUUUCCACCUGUUGUGGAAGAACUGCUGUACUUUGUAUGUACCCAGUGAGUUCUGUUGAACUGAAAUAAAGAGACCUGAGAAAGUAAA